GGAGGGAGAGAAGGUGUCUGAGCCUGAGGCAGAAAACCCACCCUAGGCCCUCCCAUUCCGGUGCCAAACCAGGAAGAAGGUGGGGCCGGCACUCAGAUGGCCCUGGAGGUCACUCACAGAUCGAUCAGGGGGCUUCCAAGGCAAAGGCCCUGGAAUCAGGAAAUGGAGCCCCAGAACCGGAGACCCGGGGCCUGCCCAGGAUGCCACAACCCAGCCCCAGACAUCAGAAACAAGAUAAGUCGUUUAUAUCGAAAGACAUUCCUCUUCCACUUCCGGAAUCUUCGCUGGGCCCUGGGCCGGAACAACACCUUCCUGUGCUACCAGGUGGAUAGAGAGGAGCGUGACUCAACUGUCCCCAUUCACAGAGGGGUCUUUAAAACCCAGGUCUUCCUGGAGACCCGCCUGCAUGCCGAGCUGUGCUUCCUCUACUGGCUGCACGACUACCCCCUGCAGUUCCCCGACCAGCACUUACAGAUCACCUGGUUCAUCUCCUGGAGUCCCUGCUCUGACUGUGCACAGCAGGUGGCCGCCUUCCUGGCCAGCCACUCCAACUUGAGCUUGACCAUCUACGCCGCCCGCCUCUAUUACUUCUGGAAUCACUCAUACCAAGAGGGGCUUCGCGCCCUGCAGCGGGAAGGAGCCAGGGUGGAAAUCAUGUCCCUCAGAGAGUUUGAGCACUGUUGGGAGAACUUUGUGUACCCCUACGACGGACGGCCAUUCCGGCCUUGGAAGAACCUGAUUAGAAAUUACCACUUCCAGGUCAAGAAGCUGCAGAAGAUUCUCCCAAGAUCCCAGUUAGGAGGGAUGCCCCACCCGGCCCAGGCAGAAAGGUGGCAGGGAUGGGGUGGCCCCAGAGGACGGUCUCAAGGCUGGACAGUGAGAGUGGAGGGGGGGCACUGGGCACGGUCAGAGGGAGAGGCCACCCACUGCCACAGCCCCUGGUGGCCCUGCUCCUUCCCUCCCUGCUCCUCUGUCAUCUCCCUCAGGGACCCAGGCACCACGGAGUUGACUCCUGAAGGCAGAGGCCAUCUGAGCCCAGCGCAGGUGACUCCAGAGGAAGCUCCCGGCUCCUGGUGCCUCCUUGUCACAUGGAGGGUCAUGAAGCUGCUAAAGAAAGAAACGUUCCACCAGCAGUUUAACAACCAGCACCGGGCGCCCAGGCCCUACUGCCGCCGGAAGACCUACCUGUGCUACCAGCUGCAGCUCAAGGGCUCCCCGUGUGACCAGGACUACUUUCAAAACAAGAAGGAUCGCCACGCAGAGAUUCGCUUCAUAAAGAAGAUCCGUUCCUUGGACCUGGACCGGAGCCAGAACUACGAAGUCACCUGCUACCUCACCUGGAGCCCCUGCCCCAACUGCGCCCAGGAGCUGGUGGAGCUCACACGAAGCCACCCCCACGUGCGGCUGAGGCUCUUCACCUCCCGCCUCUACUUCCACUGGCUCUGGAGAUUUCAGGAAGGGCUGCGGCUCCUGUGGAGAUCCGGGGUUCAGAUCUGGGUCAUGAGUCUCCGAGAGUUCACCCACUGCUGGGUCAAGUUUGUGAACCACGGGGGAUGUCCCUUUGAGCCUGAGCUCUGGGACAGGCUGGAGCAACGCAGCCAAAGCAUACAAAAUCGCCUCGAUCGCAUCCUGGGGUUGACACCUGUCACUGCCACCUGUGCCACCUCCUGUCCCCACCCAUGCUGCUCAGCAGUCCUGACUCUGGAGGAUCUUACAGCUAACUUCAGAAACCUGCAGCUUUGACCCGCCCGCAUCACCCUCUGCAAUAAGAAGGGACUCCGAGAGCAGAGAGCAUGGCGGACCCCGCGCUGGUGGCCUUUGGGAGGAAGUACCACACCCCACAAGUCCAGAAGGCCUCGCUUUCCCCCUUCAUGUAUUUGUGUUAUAAGUGGGUAUCUAAUUUUAUGAUUAAAAUACUCAAGGUCAUUUUAAA